AUGCGUCGCAGAGUGACAGGUACAGUGUUGGAGAUGCUGGGCUGUGGUGGUGGUGGUAGUGGUACUAUCACGAGCCCGAGGGUGAGCAGGCUUUUGCUUGCCCCCAUCACGAAAACAAUCACCCCCACCUCGACAGACAGCGAAAGAUUUCGUUCUACAUCUUCAAUACAGGGAUAUACAGAACUGGCACGAGAGAGGUCCAAAACCGUUACGUCGUUUUACAACCAGUCUGCAAUCGAUGUCUCCGCAGAAAAGGUAAGGAAAUUGUGUAAACCAAACUAUGCCAUUCUUGCCCAGGCAGUACUAAGCCGCAGCACUGCAUGGCCUUAACAGCUAGCUAACUAUUUGUAGCUAACGUUAGCUAGCUCAGCUAACCAGCGUAACUGGAACCUCUGUGUGUUUAGUGCUGUAACUAGCUUGCUACGGUAGCUGGUGAGAACACAGAUGGUUAGCUAGAAUCGUUGGUAAGAAUGUUUGUAACGUAUGUACACACUCGUGUAUUCCUUUGGGGUAGAUAUUCUGCUAGCUACAGUAGCAAGCAACUGUAACUACCACCAUGUGAAAUUAUGACAGCAAAAGUUCCAGGUUUGCUUGCUUGUUAGCCUAAUGAAGUAUUAUUAAAAUAUUGAUUUGUUAAUUUAACUACCUAGCUAGUAACGUUUGUGUUUAGUAGGAGUGAACAACACGGGUAUUUGGACACACAAGGGUCAGUCCAAGGUCAGUAAAUUGACCUAGACAGAAAUUAGUCAGGGAUGCAGACAGUAAAUUAUAUGAGAGGGGAACUAGGCAGUACCCUACUUUUUCAAGUGCUUACCAGAGAAACUGAAAUAUUAAAUAUUUAUAAUUCACCAGAUCAUAAAACGACUGAGAAAAUCCAUAACAAGGUCAUGUGGCUGCUGUAUUAGUGUGUGACUGCAGCUAGCUACCUACAUAGUUUUUUAUUCCUAUUUGACUAGGUAGUGGGAAAUCUGCAGGGCAUUCAUUCACGCAAAUAGUGCCACCAUUGUGCUGACAAUUACCAAUCCUUAUGUAACUCAUGUCCCAGACAUUAUUUGGCACCAACUGCCCAGGGCCCACAUUUUUUAUGAUGGUUACAAACUAUUUUGGUAAUUAGUUGAAGCUCAUUAUUAAACCAGUGACACUGCCUCCUCUCAAAGGAUUCCCUUUGUCUUGCUGGACUAUGGAACAUUUCAUAAUAAAAUAAAACCUAAAAGAUGGAUUAGAAGUAGCAUAAGCCAACUUAAUGCUACAGAUCAAAUCAAAUCGGCACAUUUCAGACAUGGAAUGCAAAAACAAUGAUAAUAAAACCUGAAAUAUUUACUACACAACAAACAUAAGAUAAAGAAACAAAAGAAGGACACAAACUGAACGACUAAAAAGCACCCUAAGGAAAAGCAAAGCUAAAAAUAUUGUGUUUUAAGGUCUCUUUUAAAUAUGUCCAGUUUCGUCCCCCCUCAGGUUCUCCGGUAGGCUAUUCCAGAAGCUGAUAGUUAAAAGGCCAGAGGACCUGAGGGACCUACUGGGUACAUCACUUAAAAGCAUGUCUGAUAUGUAUUGGGGUGCACAAUUGUGGAUUGAUUUAAAAACCAAUAGAAGAAUCUUAAAAUGUAAUUCUAAAACUCACAGGCAGCAAGUGCAGAGACCUUAAAACCUGCGUAAUGUGUGCUCUCCGUCUGGUCUUUGUCAGUACCCGUGCUACAGCAUUCUGUAUGUUUUGCAGUGGACCAAUGGCUUUCUUGGGUAUACCAGACAGGAAAGCUAUUUUGGUCACAUUCAACAUUUUGUUAAGAAUUUUUUAAAUAACACCUAGAUGUGAUUACCAUCAUACUGAAGGUGACUUGGUAAGGGUUUCUCUCUCUCAGUAGCACACUGCAAUCAGUCUCAGUUCCAGUUGAAGACUGGACAUAUUUUCUACUUUUGUCUGCUAAAUGACUAAAAUAAAAAAAUGUGAUUGCAUGCCAAAAGUAGAAAAUAUGUUGUUGGGGAAACUCAUUGUUUUUGGGUGAUUGGGUUCUUGUGUCCGUAAUCCUUAUCUCAUGAAUUCACACUAAAGAGUUGUCUGCUUGUGUCCACUGUAUCAAAUAUUGUAGGCCUGGUUAAGUGGAUUUCCUCAACUGUUUUUCUCCUCUCUCCGCAGGCCUCAGUCCGACUGACACCAGCCACCUUGCUCUACGCUGGGAAGUCUCCGGAUGGACACCACAUCCUGGUAACUGACCACUCUGUCCAGUCAUUGUAGCAUAUUUUAUGGUUAUUUCUCGUUAUAAUAGGCCUUAUACAUGCUUUGUCUUUGGGAUUGAUGACUGCUUUGAAGAUUACUUGAAAAGUGAUACAUCUUGAUACACACUCUUUUAAGUGGUCUAUAGAGAACACAAUUUGUCCGAUAUCAGUCUUUUUACUGUAUGCUGCUUUAGGAAUGUCAUCUUGAGAGAAAAGGUUUACGUGUAGCACUUUAUCACUGGAAAUAUCAUUUGAUAAGACUAUACUACUCUAAAUAACCUGGGUCAUGUCUGAUUUUUCUAUGGUGUAAAACCGGUUUGACUGGUAGUGAAGUUCAAAAUUCAAGGGGAUUCCUUUAUUAGCCUGGUCAUUGAGAUCACUUUGCCUUGCACUGUGUUGUCCACGUUGUGUAUACGUCUCACCCUUCCACCCUGUGUCUGUAGAGCAGUGCCAAGUACCUGCACAAGGAGUUGCCUGUGCGAAUCGCCCACCGUAUCAAGGGCUUCCGCAGCCUGCCCUUCAUCAUUGGCUGCAACCCCACCAUCCUGCAAGUGGUGAGUUCCUUCUGUUUUGUAUGUGGGUUUUUUUCUCUCCGUUUCUCCCUCUUGAUGUUGAGGUCUCUCUGUGAUGCUUCUCUCUUUGUCAACAUGUCUGGUUUACCUUUCUGGUGCAGUAACACGCCUGUGCGAUUUGCCCAACUUUCGGGACAAUCCUCUCAUUCCAAUCAUUGGGCAUGUAUGGGAGAGGAGGGCGCCAGAAACGGCAUUGAGUCCGUGCCAAUGUGCUCAUCAAAAUACACUGAGUAUACAAAACAUUAAGAACACCUGCUCUUUCCAUGACAGACUGACCAGGUGAAUCCAGGUGAAAGCUAUGAUCCCUCAUUGAUGUCACUUGUUAAAUCCACUUCAAUCAGUGUAGAUGAAGGGGAGGAGACAGGUUAAAGAAGGAUUUUUAAGCCUUGAGACAUGGAUUGUGUUUGUGUGCCAUUCAGAGGGUGAUUGGGCAAGACAAAGUAGGGUGUUAGGUGUCUGGCGCACCGGUUUGUCAAGAACUGCAAUGCUGCUGGGUUCUUUCAGGCUCAACAGUUUCCCGUGUGUAUCAAGAAUGGUCCACCACCCAAAGGACAUCCAGCCAACUUGACAACUGUGAGAAUCAUUGGCGUCAACAUGGGCCAGCAUUCCUGUGGAACACUUUCGACACCUUGUAGAGUCCAUGCCCCGACACAUUGAGGCUGUUCUAAGGGUAAGGGGGGGUGAAACUCAAUAUUAGGAAGGUGUUCCUAAUGUUUGGUAUACUCAGUGUAGACUGAACCUUUGGUAGGUUCUGACAAAUACCCAGUAAAAAUGCACAGACUACUACGGAAAGCUCCAACCAAGUUUAUUCACCCAGAGGGUCAAACAGCUAAAAAGACAAAAACAUAUUUACACAAGCACACACAUUUAUGGCUUCCUCCUAUGCUGUGUCUCCUCCUUACACCUCUGGACAGCCAAUACUUCUCUGUUGCUAGACAGGACUUUAGUGAUGCCUGUUCUUUCUCACUUCAUCUGACCUGACCUCAGCCCAAAUUCCUCAGUCCUCCCCAACUCAAGGCUGUCCUGUUGACUUGUACCAGACUGUGGCCCUCCUCCUUUCCCUAGGAUACCUGAUGUCUAACCAUAACAUGUUCUGACACAAUGUAAAUCUCCUGCAUUCCCCUCUCUCCCUUAUUGACAUGAUUUAAAGAUCUUUCAAGCUUAUAAAUCCGAACGCAUCACCUUGAACAGUCAUUCAUUGAGAAUGCACUUGUUACAAAACAGUAGAGCAGGGCAAUAUGGACAACAAUCCAUAUCUCAAUAAAUUGCUUGAAUUGAUGCGAUAACUAUAAAUAGACCGUUAAGUUUAUAACAUUAAUGUGCACCACAGUUUUUUUGUAUUAUUAUCAUUUAAACUACUACUACUUGUUUGAUGGUUGUAGCCAUCAAUUGUCCCAUUAACAAUCACCCAUAUUGGCAAAAUAUUUUCUAGUAUAGGCUACUUAUCGUAAUGAACGAUAUCAGCAAAAUGCCUGCAAUGUAUGGUCGGUGUCGAUCAUUUCCGGUUUAUUUUCCCAGCUCUACACAACACCCUGCUAGCAUUUAUUAGCUCAGCUGCAUCUCUUAGCUUCCUACAUUUGUGAGAUGGGCUUCUUUAUUAUGUAACAAACGAAGCCCCCUCACUCUAUGCCUAUGGAACUGUAAUCAAUUCGAUUAAGUCAUUAGUCUAUCAGCAUACAACAUUUCGGCCUGAGAACUAAGAGUUAUCCUAUAGAGCUAGAGUUGAUAGGCCAUCUGUGACAUUGGAGGUUUUCCUUUGUUCUUUAGCUGCCAUGUGCAGUGUUAAGCUUUUUCUACUCCUCCCUCUGUCCUCUUCUCUCUUCCCAUGGCCUAUUUACCUCAUGUAAGCGUCUUUAAACUGGAUGAACUUUUACCUAGAUUUUUCUCCCACAUCACAAGGUGCUCUUUUGUGCUAAUGAAAUGGUACCUGGAAUGAUCAGCCGUACAGAAGCAUGUAUUUUCUCAGAAUAUUCUCCUUCCAACUAAUAAAUAAGAAUUGCAAACAAGUGUGUGGGGAAUUUCAUAUUAGUAGUUGUUAGAUUGUACUUAUUUUUUUUUUUAGAUGUGGUAAUAUUAUCCAUUCACUUGAACAUCUAUUCAGAAUUUAAGCAGUUGUGCAUUUGAUACAUAUUGGAAGACUAGGCUAUAAUCCUCUUAAGAAACAUCCUCUGUUCUUGGACUACAGGCCAGGACACAUGUACACCCAUGGGAUGUGUUGGGGCCCACUUAUGGGAGGAGGGGUUCCUCCUCUUACCUAACCGAGUGCUCAGAGGGAAUUCUAACCAAUACCCCUUGUCUAUUUCCCUCUCCUGCAGCAUGAGCUCUACAUUCGAGCCUACCACGUGUUGAGCGACUUCCCAGCAGUGAGUAGUCACAAACAGCCACACUGAGAGAGGGGUUGGGUUGGCCAAGUUCAAAUGCUUGACCCCCAGGGCUUCCAUAUUUAUCUCUGUCCCAGUCUCUGUGGAACUGGAGAGGCUGUCAGACUGGCCUGCACACAACUCCUCCAGGCUGACUAAUGUAUUUGUUUGUCUGAAAGUGUCGUUGCUUGGAUGAAAAGUAUAGUAUUUUGAAUGGAUAUUUUGAUUCUAUAAGAGUUAUUUUUACAAGAAUUGCAACAAAUACAGCUGAGAUAAAAAUGACAACACCUUAGGGUGAACAAAACAUAGGUCACUGUCAUUUCCAAGAAUUUCCCCUUUCCAAGAAAAGUAAUAAAUGGUAUACGGAGGAUCACUACUUCUAGACUACAUUGCCUUCGGAAAUAUUCAGACCACUUCCCUUUUUCCACAUUCUGUUACGUUACAGCCUUAAUCUAAAAUGGAUUUUAUUUUUUUAUUUUAUUUAUCCUCAGCAAUCUACACACAAUACCCCAUAAUGACAAAGCAAAAACAGGUUUUAGAAAUGUUUGUAUUCAGACCCUUUGCUAUGAGACUUGAAAUUGAGCUCAGGUGCAUCCUGUUUCCAUUGAUUAUCCUUGAGAUGUUUCUACAACUUGAUUGGAGUCCAUCUGUGGUAAAUUCAAUUGAUUGGACAUGAUUUGGAAAGGCACACACCUGUCUAUAUAAGGUCCCACAGUUGACAGUGCAUGUCAGAGCAAAAACCAAGCCAUGAGGUCGAAGGAAUUGUCCGUAGAGCUCCGAGACAGGAUUGUGUCGAGGCACAGAUAUGGGGAAGGGUACCAAAAAAUAUCUGCAGGAUUGAAGAUCCCUAAGAACACAGUGGCCUCCAUCAUUCUUAAAUGGAAGAAGUUUGGAACCACCAAGACUCUUCCUAGAGCUGGCCGCCCGGCCAAACUGAGCAAUUGGGGGGGGGAGGGGGCCGAUGGUCACUCUGACAGAGCUCCAGAGUUCCUCUGUGGAGAUGGGAGACCCUUCCAGAAGGACAGCCAUCUCUGCAGCACUCUACAAUCAGGUCUUUAUGGUAGAGUGGCCAGAUAGAAGCCACUCCUGAGUAAAAGGCACAUAACAGCCUGCUUGGAGUUUGCCAAAAAGCACCUAAAGACUCCCAGACCAUGAGAAACAAGAUUCUCUGGUCUGAUGAAACCAAGAUUGAACUCUUUGUCCUGAAUGCCAAGCGUCACGUCUGGAGGAAACCUGUCACCAUCCCUACGGUGAAGCAUGGUGGUGGCAGCAUCAUGCUGUGGGGAUGUUUUUCAGACUAGUCAGGAUCGAGGCAAAGAUGUACGGAGCAAUGUACAUAGAAAUCCUUGAUGAAAACCUGCUCCAGAGUGCUCAGGUUUACCUUCCAACAGGACAACGACCCUAAGCACACAGCCAAGAAAACGCAGGAGUAGCUUCGGGACAAGUCUCUGAAUGUCCUUGAGUGGCCCAGCAAGAGCCCGGACUUGAACCCGAUCGUACAUCUCUGGAGAGACCUGAAAACAGCUGUGCAGCAACGCUCCCCAGCCAACCUGACAGAGCUUGGAAAAAGUGAAGGGGUCUGAAUACUUUCCGAUGCACUGUAUAUUUAGUUAUAUCUUUUUAAUGGUUGUAUGGGUGUGUAUGUAUAUAAACAGUUGAUUCCAGUCAGUUCUGUAAGUGAAUUUUACUCUAGUGUCCAAUUCAUCUGAUAGGAAUGGAAUUCAUCCCAACUCUGAUUUUGAUAAUGGUCAGAUUCGAUCUGAUUUCACUCUGCAUCGUCUGUUUGUCAGAUCAAGGACCAGGAGAUGGAGGCUCGCUACAGUAAGCUGGUGCAGCAGCUCCUGGACGACCACAAGGACGUAGUCACUCUGCUGGCCGAAGGCUUCAGGGAGUGUCGGAGGCACAUUCAGGUAAUGGCCAUAUGCACAUAUAACGUCAACAGAUUCAACUCAUUGACUUUCCCACAUGAACUGCUGUUUUAUCAUCUUGCUGCUGGAAUGGAUCUUGAUGUUGCAGAUGUUACAAGUUGGUUGUUGGAACUAUGUGUUUUGUAAUGUGACCGUAGGAUUUAAAGAAUGGUGUAUUCCUUGCCUUAAGAGUGUUGUUUGUAUUUAUGUUUCAGGAUGAGACCCUGGUCCGUAACUUCCUGGACACCACCCUCACCUCCCGCCUGGGGAUCCGGAUGUUGGCCACACACCAUCUUGCCCUGCAUGAAGAAAACGUAUGUCACUCAUCCACCUUCUAGUCAUUAAUUGCUAACAGACUAAAAACUGUUAUUACUGAGAAAAGGAACAUGAUAUUAUUACAUUUUUGUUAUAGGGCAGUAUUAUAAUUUGAAGAGGCAAAGCAUACUCAGAACUUGUUUAUUUUCAUACUAUAAACAGGUGCCCACCAGUACAUGAACCCAACGUUUCGGCCUGGAGCCAUUGACAAGGGCGUGCUUGCAAAAAUCCAACCUGUCUGCCACCCAUACUUUUAGUUUGGAUUAUAAGUAUAGUUUCCUGGGUUCUCUCCAAAUAUCCAUACACACACACUCUAGCAUACAGCAACAUGUGAACACUCUAGACCCCCAGUGCAUUGACAUGCAGUGUAACUCCUGAUUCCAGAUCUUGCACCACUCAUGCGAGCUAAAAUAAAAACUAAACGCAUGAACUGGACAAAGCCAUUAUUAUCAGUGCAGCCUGCUGGCCCCAUGACUUUUACUAGAGCCCAGUUUGUAUCCUUAUUUUAACCACUGAUGUGCUGUAUGUAGCCCAUGCUGCCAAAUAACUGGGUUGUCUCUGGCAGCAAUAGGCUCCAGUGACGUAAGUGGCUGGUGUGAGUGCCCCAGUGGGCCUCAGAAUAUUUCCAUAUGACCCAGUUAUAGGGUCUAUAUAUAACAUGGUGGUGGUCAGGAUGAUGAAGCAUGUUUGACAGGUCUGGAGACUCCCUGACUCAGGGUAGCAGUGUGUUAGUUAGCCGCCUAAUACCUGAUACCCCUGCCAAGAUUGAUGGUUUUGUUACCCAACAACACUUAGGCCUAAAUCACUCACGCUAUUUGUUGUAAUCAACUCCUUUCACGGCUCAGACUUUGAUUCUUUCUGGAACAUCGGUCAAAUGACUGGCUACUAGUUUGUGAGAUUACUCGUCCUAUUGUGCUAAUACAUUCUGACUAUAGGACUACAUUGCACUUUGACCCGAAAUUUGGCAAACCAUCCUCUGUUUAGCAUGUCAGCAAUAAAGCUUGUGCAUCUCCUCUUAUAUACCUUUCAUCUUUCUUUGCAGCCUGAUUUUGUGGGCAUCAUCUGCAGGCGACUUUCCCCCAAAAAGAUAAUUGAGAAAUGGGUUGAUUUUGCAAGGUGAGUGGUGUGUUACGUUACGUUAUUAUAUUGUUGGUUUAGAAUAAUCUCCCACUACUUCUGGAUUAGAAUAUAGGUCACUCUUCUACACUUAAUAAAAAUAUAAACGCAACAUGUAAAGUGUUGGUCCCAUGUUUCAUGAGCUGAAAUAAAGGAUCCCAGAAAUUUUCCAUACGCACAAAAAGCGUAUUUCUCUCAAAUUAUGUGCACAAAUUUGUUUACAUCCCUGUUAGUGAGCAUUUCUCCUUUGCCAAGAUAAUCCAUCCACCUGACAGGUGUGGUAUAUCAAGAAGCUGAUUAAACAGCAAGAUCAUUACACAUGUCCACCUUGUGCUGGGGACAAUAAAAGGCCACUCUAAAAUGUGCAGUUUUGUCACACAACACAAUGCCACAGAUGUCUCAAGUUUUAAGCCACCUCCAACGUCGCUUUAGAGAGUUUGGCAGAACAGCCAACCAGCCUCACAACCGCAAACCAUAUGUAUGGUGUCGUGUGGACGAGUGGUUUGUUGAUGUCAACAUUGUGAACAGAGUGCCCCAUGGUGGGGUUAUGGUAUGGGCAGGCAUAAGCUACGGACAACGAACACGAUUGCGUUUUAUUGAUGGCAAUUUGAAUGCAUAAAAAUACUGUGACAAGAUCCUGAGGCCCAUUGUGAGGCCCAUUCUUUAAUUUUAAUUUUUUAUUUUAAGGUACGUGAGGGGAAAAAAGUAUUUGAACCCCUGCUGAUUUUGUACGUUUGCCCACUGACAAAGAAAUGAUCAGUCUAUAAUUUUAAUGGUAGGUUUAUUUGAACAGUGAGAGACAGAAUAACAACAAAAAUAAUCCAGAAAAACGUGUGUCAAAAAUGUUAUAAAUGGAUUUGCAUUUUAAUGAGGGAAAUAAGUAUUUGACCCCUCUGCAAAACAUGACUUAGUACUUGGUGGCAAAACCCUUGGUUUGCAAUCACAGAGGUCAGAUGUUUCUUGUAGUUGGCCACCAGGUUUGCACACAUCUCAGGAGGGAUUUUGUCCCACUCCUCUUUGCAAAUCUUCUCCAAGUCAUUAAGGUUUCGUGCCUGACGUUUGGCAACUCGAACCUUCAGCUCCCUCCACAGAUUUUCUAUGGGAUUAAGGUCUGGAGACUGGCUAGGCCACUCCAGGACUUUAAUGUGCUUCUUCUUGAGCCACUCCUUUGUUGCCUUGGCCGUGUGUUUUGGGUCAUUGUCAUGCUGGAAUACCCAUCCACGACCCAUUUUCAAUGCCCUGGCUGAGGGAAGGAGGUUCUCACUCAAGAUUUGACGGUACAUGGCCCUGUCCAUUGUCCCUUUUGAUGCGGUGAAUUUGUCCUGUCCCCUUAGCAGAAAAACACCCCCAAACAUAAUGUUUCCACCUCGAUGUUUGACAGUGGGGAUGGUGUUCUUGGGGUCAUAGGCAGCAUUCCUCCUCCUCCAAACACAGUGAGUUGAGUUGAUGGCAAAGAGCUCGAUUUUGGUCUCAUCUGACCACAACACUUUCACCCAGUUCUCAUCUGAAUCAUUCAGAUGUUCAUUGGGCAAACUUCAGACGGGCCUGUAUAUGUGCUUUCUUGAGCAGGGGGACCUUGCGGGCGCUGCGGGAUUUCAGUCCUUCACGGCGUAGUAUGUUACCAAUUGUUUUAUUGGUGACUAUGGUCCCAGCUGCCUUGAGAUCAUUGACAAGAUCCUCCCGUGUAGUUCUGGGCUGAUUCCUCACCGUUCUCAUGAUCAUUGCAACUCCACGAGGUGAGAUCUUGCAUGGAGCCCCAGGCUGAGGGAGAUUUACAGUUAUUUUGUGUUUCUUCCAUUUGCGAAUAAUCGCACCAACUGUUGUCACCUUCUCACCAAGCUGCUUGGCAAUGGUCUUGUAGCCCAUUCCAGCCUUGUGUAGGUCUACAAUCUUGUCCCUGACAUCCUUGGAGAGCUCUUUGGUCUUGGCCAUGGUGGAGAGUUUGGAAUCUGAUUGAUUGAUUGCUUCUGUGGACAGGUGUCUUUUAUACAGGUAACAAGCUGAUAUUAGGAGCACUCCUUUUUAAGAGUGUGCUCCUAAUCUCAGCUCGUUACCUGUAUAAAAGACACCUGGGAGCCAGAAAGCUUUCUGAUUGAGAGGGGGGUCAAAUACUUAUUUCUCUCAUUAAAAUGCAAAUCAAUUUAUAACAUUCUUGACAUGUGUUUUUCUGGAUUUUGUUGUUGUUAUUCUGUCUCUCACUGUUCAAAUAAACCUACCAUUAAAAUUAUAGACUGAUCAUGUCUUUGUCAGUGGGCAAAUGUACAAAAUUAGCAGGGGAUCAAAUACUUUUUUCCCUCACUGUAUCUGUGACCAACAGAUGCAUACAGUGCCUUGCAAAAGUAUUCAUCCCCCUUGGCGUUUUUCCUAUUUUGUAGCAUUAGAACCUGUAAUUUAAAUGGAUUUUUAUUUGGAUUUCAUGUAAUGGACAUACACAAAAUAGUCCAAAUUGGUGAAGUAAAAAAAAAAAAAAACUUGUUUCCAAAAAUUCUAUAAAAUAAAUAACGGAAAAAGUGGUGCGUGCAUAUUUAUUCACCCCCUUUGCUACGAAGCCCCUAAAUAUGAUCUGGUACAACCAAUUACCUUCAGAAGUCACAUGAUUACUUAAAUCUUUUUACAUUUUUAGUCAUUUAGCAGACGUUCUUAUCCAGAGCGACUUACAGGAGCAAUUAGGAUUAAGUGCAUUGCUCAAGGGCACAUCGACAGAUUUUUCACCUAGUCGGCUCGGGAAUUAGAACCAGCGACCUUUCGGUUACUGGCACAACGCUCUUAACCACUAAGCUACCUGCCGCCCACAUGUGUGCAAUCUAAGUGUCACAUGAUCUCAGUAUAUCUACACAUGUUCUGAAAGGCCCCAGAGUAUGCAACACCACUAAGCAAGGGGCACCACCAAGCAAGCGGCACCAUGAAGACCAAGGAGCUCUCCAAACAGGUCAGGGACAAAGUUGUGGAGAAGUACAGAUCAGGGUUGGGUUAUAAAAAAAUAUACAAAACUUUGAACAUCCCACGGAGCACCAUUUAAAUCCAUUAUUAAAAAAUGGAAAGAAUAUGGCACCACAACAAACCUGCCAAGAGAGGGCCGCCCACCAAAACUCACGGACCAGGCAAGGAGGGCGUUAAUCAGCUUCAUUAAAUAGUACCCGCAAAACACCAGUCUCAACGUCAACAGUGAAGAGGCGACUCCGGGAUGCAGAUCUUCUAGGCAGAAUUGCAAAGAAAAAGCCAUAUCACAGACUGCCCAUCUUAAUUUUUUCUUUUUAUUGGCCAGUCUGAGAUAUGGCUUUUUCUUUGCAAAUCCUGCCUAGAAGGUCAGCAUCCCGUAGUCGCCUCUUCACUGUUGACGUUGAGACUGGUGUUUUGCGGGUACUAUUUAAUGAAGCUGCCAGUUGAGGACUUGUGAGGCGCCUUUUCCUCAAACUAGACACUCUAAUGUAUUUGUCCUCUUGCUCAGUUGUGCACCGGGGCCUCCCACUCCUCUUUCUAUUCUGGUUAGAGACAGUUUGCACUGUUCUGUGAAGGGAGUAGUACACAGUGUUGUACGAGAUCUUCCGUUUCUUGGCAAUAUCUCGCAUGGAAUAGCCUUCAUUUCUCAGAACAAGAAUAGACUGAUGAGUUUCAGAAGAAAGUUCUUUGUUUCUGGCCAUUUUGAUCCUGUAAUCGAACCCACAAUUCCUGAUGCUCCAGAUACUCAAUUAUUCUCAAGAAGGCCAGUUUUAUUGCUUCUUUAAUCAGCACAACAGUUUUCAGCUGUGCUAACAUAAUUGCAAAAGGGUUUUCUAGUGAUCAAUUAGCCUUUUUAAAAUGAUAAACUUGGAUUAGCAAACACAACGUGCCAUUGGACACAGGACUGAUGGUUGCUGAUAAUGGUCCUCUGAACGCCUAUGUAGAUAUUCCAUUAAAAAUCAGCCGUUUCCAGCUACAAUAGCCAUUUACAACAUUAACAAUGUCUACACUGUAUUUCUGAUUAAUUUGAUGUUAUUUUAAUGGACAAAAAAUUUGCUUUUCUUUCGAAAACAAGGAAUUUUCUAAACUUUUGAACGGUAGUGUAUAUGGGCUUUUGUUCCACCUUAUCUGUUAGCAAUUGCAUCAAAAGCAGAUUUUGAUUACAUUUGAGUAGGAGACUCAAAGGGUGUUAAGUUGCUGAAAUGUAUGGACUUCUAACAAACAUCCCAAUGCCUACAAUUUAUUUAGCAUUUUAAUUCCACUUGAGAGUUUUUGCAAACAUAAACAACUGGAGAAGGGGCAAGGACAAAACCAAAACAAGAGAUGGGAUAGGCAGCCCAGCAGACAAUCUAGCUACCCCUCUAGACAAAUUGAUUUGCACUGGAAUUAUUUUGGGGGGAAAAAACCCACACCAUUUACAGUACCCUGAGAUGUCAAUGCCGGCAUCAUAAAAAGUAUAUAUUGCCUUAAGAAAGACAUGGUAGCAGUUCUAUUGACAAUAUAAAGGUUGUCAUAAAACAUCAUAGUAAGGUGCAGAGCGUUCGAUUUGCCUGCUGGGGUGGCAGGGAGACCCCAGCUCUGCUAAAACCAUUGACAACUGCAUGCUGUUUUCAAGGGAUUGCCAAAUAAAUGUAAAAGAAUGUUGGUUGUAGUAUGAGCACCUCUUGAAGAGCAUAUCAGAACUUCCGAUUAUUCCUUGCAAAACAUUUGUGCAAAUGUAAGUUCUGUCAUAGUUAUUUCUCUCGAUUCUAAGAUGUUGGGGGGGUUAUAAGCUGACAUAAAUAAGAUGGUCAUACCAUGGAUCAUUUAGCUAUUUGAUUUAGAAUUUUAGGUCCACUUUAGAUAGAUAUAUAAAAAACAUAAUGUAUACCAAUUUUUAUAUAUUUAUAUAUAGUACCAGUCAAAAGUUUGGACACACCUACUCAUUCAAGGGUUUUUCUUUAUUUUUACUAUUUUCUACAUUGUAGAAUAAUAGUGAAGACAUCAAAACUAUGGAAUAAUGUAGUAACCAAAAAGGUGUUAAACAAAUCAAAAUAUAUUUGAGAACCUUCAAAUAGCCACCCUUGUGCCUUGACAGCUUUGCACACUCUUGGCAUUCUAUCAACCAGCUUACCUGGAAUGCUUUUCCAACAGUCUUGAAGGAGUUCCCACAUAUGCUGAGCUGCUUUUCCUUCACUCUGCGGUCCGACUCAUCCCAAACCAUCUCAAUUGGGUUGAGGUCGGGUGAUUGUGGAUGCCAGGUCAUCUGAUGCAGCACUCAAUCACUCUUGUUCUUGGUAAAAUAGCCCUUACACAGCCUGGAGGUGUGUUGGGUCAUUGUCCUGUUGAAAAACAAAUGAUAGUCCCACUAAGCCCAAACCAGAUGGGAUGGCGUAUCGCUGCAGAAUGCUGUAUUAGCCAUGCUGGUUUAAUGUGCCUUUAAUUUUAAAUAAAUCAUAGACAGUGUCACCAGCAAAGCACCCCCACACCAGAACACCUCCUCCAUGCUUUACGUUGGGAAAUACACAUGCGGAGAUCAUCCGUUCACCCACACCGCGUAUCACAAAGCCACAGCGGUUGGAACCAAAAGUCUCCAAUUUGGACUCUAGACCAAAGGCCACAUUUCCACUGGUCUAAUGUCCAUUGCUUGUGUUUCUUGGCCCAGGCAAGUCUCUUCUUAUUAUUGGUGUCCUUUAGUAGUGGUUUCUUUGCAGCAAUUAGACCAUGAAGGCCUCACACAAUCCCCUCUGAACAGUUGAUGUUGAGAUGUCUGUUACUUGAGCUCUGAAGCAUUUAUUUGGGCUGCAUUUUCUGAGGCUGGUAACUAAUGAACUUAUCCUCUACAGCAGAGGUAACUCUGGGUCUUCCAUUCCUGUGGCGGUCCUCAUGAGAACCAGUUUCAUCAUAGCGCUUGAUGGUUUUUGCGACUGCACUUGAAGAAACUUUCAAAGUUCUUUAAUUUUCCGUAUUGACUGACCAUCAUGUCUUAAAGUAAUGAUGGAAUGUUGUUUCUCUUUGCUUAUUUGAGCUGUUCUUGACAUAUGGACUUCGUCAUUUACCAAAUAGGGCUAUCAUCUGUAUACCCCCCUUUUCUUUGGGUAGGCACAAAACUAUCUCCAUACUUCCAUUACAUUUUUUUGUACCAUUUACCUUCAGACGAGUCCUGUGACAUUUGUGGGGGUCGUAGAGCAAAAUGUGAGAAUCUCCCUUUUUCACAGUUUGUAGCCCAAACGGUUUGGACGCUACAAAUAGAAGUACCGACUUCAGACGAGUCCCGUGGGGGUCGUAGAGCAAAACAUAGGCCAAACCGUUUGGACGCUACAGCCGUUUUCGUGAGCAGACCGAUUUUGGGGAUGUCUCAUGGUCUGACAAACACCGCUGUAGCUCAGCCACCUUCCACCGCAGAUGUGGAAGGCCACCAUAGGAGGAUGCAUUGGAUUGAGACGCAGCCCAUGCAAAAAAACAUCUCUAGCUUAAACUGACGGAUUUUGAUGGAUUUUUUUAUUAUGUUACUUAUAUUGACCGACCGGUGCGUCAAUAGACUCUAGGAGGUUAUACAGCAAGUAACUGCAUGCUUUUUAUGAUCCGUAAACAUUAUGUAAUUUCAGAUGAGGGUAGCCUAUCCAUUCGGCAUGUAGCUAGCUAUGCAAACAACUUGUUUCAUUUAGCUUGCUUCAUCAGAAGACUUUUGAAAAGUGGUUGACAUCUGCAAGUAGCCUAUGUCUCUGAGUCUAAACUCAUCCUGGUGAAGUUGUCUGUCUGAUUAGGCCUACUGUCAUUACUGCUAUAGCUGACAAGCAACUCAAACAAUUUAGAAAGAACUAGCUAGCUAGUUUAUCCACUGAAAGUUAGAUAACCUCGUCCACAGGCUAUUGCGCACAGCACAUCUAAGCCUCGUACAUCAGUGAUUCAAAGUUGGCCUUAGUGGGAGUGACCAUAGAAUUCUAUGGGACUGACCUUACAGAGUAAAGUAUUUGUUGUCAUUUAAUGUUAGCGAAUCCCCCCCCCCCCCCCCAUGACAACCCGGGGCACGCCCCACAGUUUGGGAACCACUGUGCUAAUGUAUGGGGUAGGGUUAGGUGGAAGGUGUUUUGGAAGGUAAUUGGUUGGUAGAUUAAACAGAUUUAAGCCAAUGCCAAUGCGCCUGGAGUUUCUCCCAGUCUUUCUGUAUUGGCUAACGAAGGCCAAGUUUGACACGUUGGUCCACCAGACUCUUCACGCAGUUAGGCGGAAGUGUCUGGGAACGAGAUUAGCUGUUAGCUAGCCAAAUUGACGUGAUCUGUCAAUGUCUGUAUAUAGGUGAUUUUCAGAAGUAAUCGUGAUUAAACAGUCUUAAAAUCAAUUUUGAAAAGGGUAUAAUAUUAGCUAGCUGAGGUAUGUUGUUUGGGGAGGGAAAAAAAGUACAUGACUUACCAUAAGGUUUAGGUACUUUACAGAGUUUCAAGCUUGCAAACAUUAUUUCUAGCUGCGAUACAUGGGCAAAUGUGUCCUUCUGCUGCUUGACAGGCAAAGCCCACAAUGGAUGGAAAAUGUACCUAAACCACAGGUGCCUGUCAGGUAUAGUACACUUUUUUAAAUUCUUAUUUUAUAUAACUAAAAUAUCCAAUUAAAUGGUGGCCAAUAUUGAGAGAUGGAGAUGUACUCCACCUGUGUUUUACGCUGUAAUGCAUUGGAGCAGGCUGCAGGCUUUCCACCCCCCCCCCCCCCAGCUGGGAAUGGAAUGUUUGAAAUCGACUGAAAUAUGAUAUUGAUAACGGCCUAUAAGCUACUAGGCUAACGCCACUGUUUUCCACUGGCUCUGUGUCAGGGUCUUCUCAAGGUCAAAGUCAUAAUCACAGUUCUGUGUGGCACAACGAACAUACCCAAAUAGUGUCCACUAAUACUCACUCACAUACAGAGGGAAGCACACUCUUCACAAGCCUCUAUGUGCACUUGUUGUCCCAGUUCAGCCUCUCUAGGAAUGUGCAGCUGCUCUCGCUCUCUCCAUGUCUCACUCUUUCUCUCUCCUGGCCCUCUUCUCCCCCUCCCUCAACCUCUUUCCAGCCACUGGAUUCUGGCUGCAUCAGAACAAAGGCACUAAUGCAGAUUUUCCGAGUCAAAGGUGGCAGACCCUGAUUCAGCAAGCUGUCCUUUUCCUCUACAUGUAGCCCUGUGUUCAGAGACCCCCUGAUUUUAAAGAGCAGACCAGUUAUGAGUCUCCUUUUAGUACUGAUCAGCACAUUAGAGCAGACAGGAUCUCUUUCCUUGAAAUAUGUGGUCAAUAACUAAGAUGCAGACCACAUGUUGUUUAGGCACAGUGUGGACUGUCAGUGCGAUAUGGGUAAGAGAAUAUAGUGCAAUUUUAAAAUUGAUUAAGUUUAUAUUUUUUGUCACUGGCCUACACAUAAUACCCCAUAAUGUCAAAGUGGAAUUGUUUUUCGAAACUGUUACAAAUUAAUUAAAAAGGAAAAGCUGAAAUGUCUUUAGUCAAUAAGGAUUCAAUCCCUUUUGUUAUGGCAAGCCUAAAGAAGAGUAAAAAUGUGCUUAACAAGUCACAUAAGUUGCAUGGACUCACACUGUGUGCAAUAAUAGUAUUUAACAUUAUUUUUGAAUGACUACCUCAUCUCUGUACCCCACACAUACAAUUAUCUGUAAGGUCCCUCAGUCAAGCAGUGAAUUCCAAACACAGAUUCAACCACCAGGGAGAUUUUCCAAUGCCUCGCAAAGAAGGGGAUCUAUUGGCAGAUAGGUCAACAACAACAAAAAAUACAGACAUUGAAUAUCCCUUUGAGCAUGGUGAAGUUAUUAAUUACACUUUGGAUGGUAUAUCAAUACACCCAAUCACUACAAAGAUACAGGCGUCCUUCCUAACUCAUGUGCCUUCCUCUCGAAGGAAACCGCUCAGGGAUUUCACCAUGAGGCCAAUGGUAACUUUAAAACAUUUGGAGUUUAAUGGCUGUGAUGGGAGAACUGAGGAUGGAUCAAUAACAUUGUAAUUACUCCACAAUAAUUGACAGAGUGAAAAGAAGGAAGCCUGUACGGAAUAUAAAUAUUCCAAAGCAUGCUUUCUGUUUGCAACAAGGCACUAAAGUAAUACUGUAAAAAAUGUGGCAAAGCAAGUAACUUUUGGUCCUGAAUACAAAGUGUUAUGUUUGGGGCAAAUCCAAUACAACACAUUACUGAGUACCACUCCAUGUUUUCAAGCAUAGGGGUGGCUGCAUCAUGUUAUGGGUAUGCUUGUAAUCGUUAAGGACUGGAAAUUCUUUUCCAGGAUAAAAAAUUAACUGAAUGGAGCUAAGCACAGGCAAAAUCCUAGAGGAAAACCUGGUUGUCUGCUUUCCACCAGGCACUGAGAGAUUAAUUCCCCAUUCAGCAGGACAAUAACCUAAAACACAAGGCCAAAUCUACACUGGAGUUGCUUACCAAGAAGUGGUCCUCUGUAGCUCAGCUGGUAGAGCACGGCGCUUGUAACGCCAAGGUAGUGGGUUCGAUCCCCGGGACCACCCAUACACAAAAAAAAAUGUAUGCACGCAUGAUUGUAAGUCGCUUUUGGAUAAAAGCGUCUGCUAAAUGGCAUAUUAUAUAUAUAUUAUAAGACGGUAAAUGUUCCUGAGUGGCCUAGUUUUGACUUAAAUCUACUUGAAAAUCUAUGGCAAGACCUACAAUGGUUGUCUAGCAAUACUUAUGUAAAUUAGAUAAUUCUGUAUUUCAUUUUCAAUAAAUUUGCUGAAAUGUCUAAACAUUUUUUCACUUUAUUAUAGGGUAGUGUUUGUGUCGAUGGGUGAGGAAAAAACAACAAUUGAAUCAAGUUCAGGCUGAUACACAACAAAAUGUGGAAUAAGUCAAGGGGUAUGAAUACUUUCUGAAGGUAUGAGAAUUGCGAGAAUUGCGAAAUCAUUCAUUCGCUCAAACUACCCAUGUGUAGGCCUAUUCAUACCUAGAAAGUCACAUAUGUAGUCCUCAUCUUGCAAAUCCCCCUCACGGUAUAAAUAAAUGAUAGGCUAUACUUGUAUAAAUAAUCUUUAUGCAAAUACAGUUGAGACCUAAAGGUUAGCAUGUGUCUCCGUACACAAUCGUGUGUGUGUGUAAAUAUGAACAUACAGUAUUAUGCAUGUUUCCUUAUGGCUCCCUCAUGUCUUUUGCAGGCGUCUGUGUGAACACCAGUACGGUAACUCCCCGCGGGUGCGUAUCAACGGCCAUGUGGCGGCCCGCUUCCCCUUCAUCCCUCUGCCCCUAGACUACAUCCUGCCAGAGCUGCUGAAGAACGCCAUG